AUGGUAAUCCAGGAGAGAGUAAGGCUAAUCGUUAUGUUGUGUAAAUUCAUCGAGGAAGGGAAAGAAAAAUGUUGCGAAUACUUUCCGAAGAGCGGAGGUAUAUCGGUAAUUGGAGCUUAUAAAAUUGAUGCCUCUGAUAGAGAAGUUAUACCGGAUGCUGACGGUGCGACAUAUGGAAGAUUCGAUGUGACAUUUGAAGGGAAAACUUAUAAGGUUGACCACAUAUGGUACGAAAAUUGGGCUGAUCAUAUGGCACCGGAUAAUUUCAAAGCGACCAUGGAAUUGGUUCGGUUAGCACGGAAGAAAAGACAGAACGCACCCGUACUAGUGCAUUGCUCAGCAGGAGUUGGACGGUCAGGUUGUUUCGUCGCUAUAGAACUGGCAGCACAUCAAGCUGCAACAAAUCCUAACUUUAGUAUGGAAACAGUACUGAAAACACUACGGGAUCAACGCAUGCACAGUAUACAAAAUGACAUUCAAUAUCUCUACGUAUAUCGCGGUUUUGUCGAGUAUCUGAUCGAUCGAGGCGUUGCCAAACGACUUGACCUUCUGAAGUUUAUCAAUGAUUAUGAUAAUCUGAUAAAACGGAAACGCCAGAGGGAUGUAAAAGAUACCAAGCCAAAAGACGAAAAGUCAGGCGACUACAUGCCAUCCGUCUAUUUCGAUCCCUACUACAACUACUAUACUUAUUGA